AUGGAGACAGAUAGUCAACUCGCUGAGACAUCAGCAGCAGGUGCUAAACGCAAAAGAUUGACGACCGAAGCUACAAAGCUCCUGAAGGAUUUUGCCGAGCAUUGUACGUUGGACCCAGAUACAUAUCAAAGACAACACUUGCUCGACCAGGUGCGACGAUUACCGGGGAUGUGGGACAUGCCGAUCAUAAACACUAUAACCACUUGGUUCCAACGCCACCGCGCCGCUGAAAGGAAGAAAUCAACGCAAGACGAUGAUAGCAUACUGUUCCCAAGUUUAUCAUCAGAGAAACUCGAAGUACUAAGGCCAUUGCUGCGUAACAACUCGUCACCCACGAAAGAGAUGAUUGGAAUCUGGGCCAUGUGUAUCAAGGCAGAAUUCGAGGAAGUGAGAAAGUGGGUCUUAUACCAUCAAGCAAAGGUCGCGCCAAGAGAGGCCUCGGAACAGUCCAUGAGUGCAUCACCCACUGCACCGCACCCUCAUCUUCCCACACCCGCAAGGUCACUAUCACCUGUCCGUGUUCGUGGCGUGUCAUUGCCAUUGAUUGCAACAAAGGAGGAGUCUUCCCCAACAGGAUCUCCUUUAUUGGACACAUGGCCAACACACACAGCAGAUGUAUCUCCUACGAGCUUGACACGACAUAUCGCAGUCAGUGCCGACGCAGUUAACACAGACGAGCUUGAUGAACUGCAUCCGCCGUUUACGCGCAUUCCUUCACGAGGAUCCAGACCUUUGUGUGAUGUUCCUGCGACGACAUCAUCUUCAGCAAUGCAAUUGGCAAAAGACAUAAAUCACGUUAUGGCAUCACAUCAUCCAUCACGCAAGCCACCCUCUACACAUGCAGAGUUCGAUGCCAUGUUCAAACCAUACGAAGAGAUGAUGACGCAGUUUAUCCGCAAUGUUGAGAGCGGAAAGUUGCAACAUUUGGGUUGGGAGCCUACCGUUUCGCUGCCCUAA